GAUCUGUCAGUCUUCGGCCGGGCGUUGUUGUGUUGUUUGUGUCAGAUCUGUCAGGAUUAAAAUUAAAAAUCUUGACGAUCAAAUAUUUUUUGUGGUUUCUGAUAAUUGUGUUUAGUGUUUUGGACGCAGUUCUAUUUUAUAAGAAUAUUUUAGGUAUUGUGUUUAGUUAUUAUCGAUGUAUUGGAUUUUUUGAAACUAUUUGUGUACACAUGUGAUCAAAUCAAUACAAUAAUUUGCGAGUUUAUCUGCAUUUCUGAGGAUUUUUGAACGAUGAAUCAGCCGUAACUUGCCGGAGCAGUACCUCCAAACAGCCAUCAUGGAGGAGCGGGAGGCGAAGGGUCCGGGCGUGCCCGACAUGACGAUGAUGCCCCAGAUCACCGAAGACGCCAUCAACGACAACCUCAAACGCCGCUACAAACACGACCUUGUAUAUACAUACACAGGUUCAAUCCUAGUCGCAGUGAAUCCCUACAAGGAGCUGGGAUGUUACACAACGGAGCACAUGCAAGAAUUUCGAGGCAAAGCCUUUGGGAACCUGCCGCCGCACGUAUUUGCUUUAGCGGAGUCCGCCUAUAGCUCGCUACGGAAUGGUGAGAAAAAUCAGUCCGUAGUGAUAUCGGGGGAAAGCGGUGCUGGCAAGACGGAGACGACGAAAUUGAUAUUACAGUACCUUUGCGCUGCUGGCGGCCAGGCCACAUGGGCGGAACAACAGAUUCUUGAAGCCAACACGGUUUUGGAAGCGUUUGGCAAUGCAAAAACAGUCCGCAAUGACAAUUCCUCUCGUUUCGGAAAAUUCGUGGAGGUGCGGCUUGACAACCGCGGAGGGAUCCGCGGCGCUGUGCUCCGUGAUUUCCUCUUGGAGCGGGCUAGGAUCACGGGCCCUUCGCCAAGGGAGACCAACUACCAUGUGUUCUAUCAGCUGGUUGAGGGCGCUAAGCAUAACGCUGAACUACGCACAGCCCUCCGUCUCCGCGACGGAGUUCAGUUCAAAUACCUUCGCCCGGAAGACGAGGACGCUCGCAAAGGGCUAGGCGGCGAGCAGGGCAAGCUGGAGGCCCUGCAACUAGCCUUGACAGUUCUACAAGUGCCGCUGCAGAUGUGCGAAGGACUGUUCAAAGUGUUAGCAGCGGUGCUGUGGCUUGGGAAUAUACAGUUUCAGGAUGUGGACGGAGAACGCAGCGCCCUAGCACCGGAAGAUGCAGAAGCGGUGAACGCUGUCGCGAACCUAUUGGGCCUGGCGCAACCUACCGCCCACAAGGUGCUCCUCGAGCGACAGAUCAACGUACGGGGCAACGUCACCGACAUUCCGCUCAGGUUACAUGAGGCCCGAGAAAACCGGCACGCAAUGGCGCGAGCGCUGUACUCGCGAACAUUCGCGUGGCUGGUCCGACACGUAAACAGCUGCUCGGCGCCUGGCCGCGAGGCGCCGCGCUCGCUCGGCGUGCUCGACAUAUUCGGCUUCGAGAACUUCGCCUCCAACUCGCUCGAACAGCUCUGCAUCAACUACGCCAAUGAGAAGCUGCAUAUGUUCUUUAAUAAUUACGUGUUCGCGUUGGAGCAAGAAAUUUACCGUCAAGAAGGCAUAGUGUACAACCAAAUCCAGUUCACGGACAACGCGGCGUGCCUCGAGUUGCUGGAGAAGCCGCCGCGAAGCUUGCUCAAACUGCUAAGUGAACAGUGUCAUAUGCCCAAAGGCUCAGAUGGCGCGUACCUGACGAAUAUCCAGGGUGAAUUCGGCGAGCAUCAGAGCUUUGUAAAGGGUUCUAGACGGAAAUGGGAAGAAGAGUUUGGUGUUCAGCAUUAUGCGGGCACGGUAUGCUACAGCGUGCAAGGUUUCGUGGACAAGAACAGAGACACGCAACAGGACGCGUUUAUAGACCACCUGAGCAGAUCGGCAAACCCCUUCGUCAGAGAAUUGGCCGAUUACGUUCAGGAUUUGGCGCCUCCUGGACAGGACCUAUCGCUUUCAAGUCCAAGUUCAAUGGGCACUACGCAGCGAGGGACAUCCAAAGGUCGGCCGACCGUCGUGGACACGUUCAGAGCACAGCUGCAGUCGCUGGUUGAUAUGCUACAAGCCACCGACGUGUGGUACGCCCGCUGCAUAAAACCGAACGAGAACAAGGAGGCGGGCACGUACAACGACCAGCUCGUGCUAGAGCAGCUGCGCUACCUGGGCAUGAACGAGAUCGUGCGCAUCCGCCGCGACGGGUACCCGGUGCACCUGCCCACGGCCGCCUUCCAGGCGCGCUACCGCUGCCUGCUGCCGCAUCCGCGCCGCCAGCCCGACGUGGCAACUGUAAUGUCAAUUGUGAACGCGCCGCAAGGCGACUGGCAGAUCGGUCACACGAAAAUAUUCAUGAGAAGUUCGGUCCAUAUGCCUCUCGAAGCCAAACGGACACAUUUACUUCAGUCUUCAGCGUUACGGUUACAAAGAUGGUACAAGGGCUCCGUGAAGCGCCGCCAAUACGUGCAAUGGCGCAACGCCGUGAUCGUCCUCCAGGCGGCAUGGCGCGGUUGGAAGGAGCGAGCCGCGUUCCUCCGACUACGCCGCGCUACUUUAACACUGCAGCGGCACUUGCGAGGCGCCUUCGCGAGGGAAGUCGCGGCUGCGCUGAGAGAGAUGAAGCGAGUGAACCAGGAGAUCAAACUGAGAGAGGAGAGGAACAGCCUCGCGGAGAAAGCGAACCAGGAGCGAGUCGAGCUCGAAAACAUGGCCGACCAGCUCCGCGGGCUGGCCAACCCGAGCGGACGCGUCGACUCCGUGAACCUGGACAACCUGUUCGACUUCCUGGCCGACGUGCCGGCGCAGCGCGGCGCGCCCGACGGCCAGCCCGCGCACCAGCCCAGCAUCGCCGAGAUCGGCGACUCCAUGGAGCGGCUGGCCGAGGACCUGCACCAUGAGCUGGAACACGUACUGGCUGCCGAGAUGAACGAGCUAAGCAAAUCCACGACCGAAGCCCAACGCAAACCAGACGGCGCGCCAUCAGACGCUAUACCACCCCCACCGCCCUCCUCCCUUCCCCUCACAUCCAUCCUCCAACCAUCCACUCCCGUAUCUAGUUCACUAUCCACACCUAUGAACGGCACCAACUUCAUGACUGCCUCUAUGAACGGCACAUCUAACGCGAUGACGUCAUCGAUGAACGGGCUCAUGUCGACGUCGAUAAACGGCGUGAUGACGUCAUCGAGCGGGAGCGACGUGUUGUCGGCGAGCCUGCCGCCGCCGCCGCCGCCGGCCGAGCCGAUGCCGGAGUCGCCGGUGUUCCCGCCGCCGCCGCCGCCGCCGCCGCCGCCGGUGUGCACGCUGCCCGAGCCGGCUGGACCGCCGCCGCCGCCGCCGCCGCCACCGCCGCCACCGCCAGGUAAAGACACAACUCCGCCGGAACUCACAAACGGCGUAAUACCGAACGGAAAACUAUCGGUAUUGAACGGCAAAGAACCAAUAUACGAGGCGGUCAUACCACGGCCGAACGCAGAGCUCGAGCCAGCGCCGCCGCCACCUAUGCUACCACCAGAGAAUGGUUUCUCAACGCGAGACUCUGAACCUGAACCUGCGGCUCCACUACCGCCGCUACCCGUUCAGAAGACGCCCCAGCCCAAACCGCCGAACAUUAUGACGAGCAGCGUGACGUCACAGAAGCUCCCGCCCUCGAUGACGAGCAGUAUGACGUCACGCAAGUCGGCCACGCCGCCGCCCGUGCCCAUGGACACCUGCAUUAGCCCGCCGAACAUGAUGAACGGGGACGCUAAUAGCACAGAACGCAACGCGCGUCGCAAAGAGCGCGUCGAGCGCCGCCUCCACCAAAUGGAGGCAGCCGCCAGCCCGCCCGCCUCCGCGGUGCCCCCCACCACCCCGCCCGCUGACGCCACCAACGACCUCAGCGAGUUCGCUAAGCUGUACUUCAAUGAUCACCCCAGGUCGCCUGAAGGUACAAUAAUAGCAACGCUCACACGCAAGAGCAAAUCCAUGGAGCUGUUAACCAAAGAGGAAAUGAUAACGUAUCAUAAAGGAAACAACAUUCCCACCUCACACAUACAACUGCACGACCCGGACAGCGUCACGGCUGCCGUCAAUAUAUUCCGCGAUUUGUGUCGGUAUAUGAGAGGAGAGCUGACCGCGGAUAAGGAGACACAAGUGAUCCAAGCUUUGAUCGGCAAGGGGUUAGAACGGGAAGAGUUGAGGGACGAAAUAUUGGUGCAAUGUGUGAGACAGAUCACGGAAUGCCCCGUCGAAGAAUGGGCCGAGCGAGUAUGGCUGAUCCUCUGCCUGUGCGCCGUUGCCUGGCAACCAUCUCGCGGUCUCUCGCGUUACUACUGCGCGUGGUUGCGACAGCGAGCGCGAGUGUCCCCGUCUGCGCCCGCGGCCCGGGCGGCGCAUUGUGCGCAGUGGUGCCUCGAUAACUGUCGAGGCGCCGCGCCGAGGUUGCUACCGCCUAGCACUGUCGAAAUUGCGGCGAUGCGACGGCUCGGCACGAUAGUCUGCCGCUUCUUCUUCCUCGACGGGCGCACUAAAGCCAUCGACGUUCACCCGGCCGACACCGCAGCGGCGGCGGCCGCUCGACUCGCCGACAAACUGGGCCUAGCGCCGCAUUCGAGGGCUGGCUGGGCCGUGUACCAACAGCGAGGGAAUCGGGAGGAGCACGUGCGCGCCACGCACUACCUAUACGACGUCAUCGCUGCUUGGGAAAUGCAACAAGGCCCAGGCGGCGGUUCUGCAGAUAACCGCUUCGUGUUCAAGCGACGGUUGUUCCGCGGCGGACGCGAGCUGCCGCACGACCCCGUCGAGGUGGCCCUGCUUUACGCUCAGGCCGUGCAUAGUGUCGUCAAGAUGGACGAGUUUCCAGUAUCGGAGAAGGUGGCCCUGCAGCUAGCAGGGCUGCAGGCGCAGGUGUCGCUGGGCGAGCCGCCGCCGAGCCCGCCGCCGCCGCACACGCGCGCCUACUACGCGCACCCCGACCAGUUCCUGCCGCAGCGGGUAGCGCGCGCCCGCCCGCAGCACCAGUGGGCCACAAUUCUGGCUCAAGCGCACCGACAGUUCGGCGCCGGACGCGCGGAGCUGACAGCCAAGGCUCUGUACUUGUCCUGCGUUAUGCAGUAUCCACUCUACGGGGUGACUCUCUUCCCUGUAACGUACAAAGGAUACUGGGCGCAUGGUCCCAACGUACUCCUCGGAGUGGGCGCCGAAGGCGUCGUCCUAGUUCGUCCGUCGGAUAAAGUAGCGCUCGCCGAGUACCCGUACAGCAACAUCGCGGCCCUCGUCAUGGACCCCGUCGACAACGGGCUCACCAUCAGCCUCACGCACCACGGCCAGCACGACGGACACCGGUGCAUAGUCCUCGAGUCCGGGCAGAAGAACGAGGCGGCCUGGCUGAUGGCGGCGUACAGCCCGGUGCUGGGCAACGGGCUGGCCGCGGAGCCGCCGCGCCGCGCCGCGCCGGCGCCCGAGCGCGCGCGCCUCGCCGCCGCGCUGCGCAGCGCGCGCCGGGCGCUCGUCGACUCCGGCACGCUCCGCCGCCCUACUGACCUCUCCGCCGGGAACUUCCUCAGAAAUACGCUUAGAAGGCUGAGCAAGCACCGACUGGAGCGGGUGCGGCUCGACAUGGCCGCGGAGACGCAGGGAGAGUCCUACAAGAGUUUCCCGGCCGCUUACUGGUGCUGGUCGCGCACCCUCCCGCACAGCCUCACCAAGCUCAACGAGGCCGAGGAGGUGGCCGCCAUGCAGAUAUUCAAGGAUAUAAUGAGCCACGCAGGCCUGAACACCAACGAGGGUAGCACCACCAACCUAGCCAACAACAACAGCGUGAGCAGCCAAGAGAGCGACAGCGACGACCGCGUAGCGCUAGCUCAGUCGCUUCUGCAGCGCUGCUUGCAGAAGGACACGCUGCUCAGCGAGCUGUAUGUGCAGCUCAUCAAGCAGACGACCGACCACCCCGAGCCUAUGUCGCGCGUGUCGGCGCGGCACUGGGCGCUGCUGUGCGCGGCAGUGGGCGCCGCGCUGCCGCCCAGCAAGCCGGUGCGGCGCCUGCUGCUCGCGCACCUGCGCUACCGCGGCACCGCGCUGCACGCCGGCGAGGAGGGCAAGUUCGCGCGCCGCGCCGAACAGGUGGCGCUAAGCAUAGCGCAAGUGCCUCGUCGCGCGGCCGCACCAUCCAAAGAAGAGUUACUGUGCGCGGCGGCGCGAAGGCCACUACACGUGCGGGUAUUAUUGCUGGAUGGGAAGCAGCUGGGACUCGUGUUCGGGCCGGCCGCCACCGCCGACCACCUCGUGACCAUGCUGCGCGAUAAGAUCGGCCUCAGUGAAGCAGCUACAGGUUACGCGCUAUACGAAGUGUGCGCCAACUCGACGCCGGCGGGCGCGGGCGAGCGCGCGCUGGGCGGCAGCGAGCGCGUGGGGGAUGUUCUAGCGCGGUGGGAGAAGGCCGGCGCCACCGCCGCCGCCUGCAGGCUAGUGUUCAAGAAACGGCUAUUCCUCGGCGAGCGACCGCUUCACACGGCGUGUGCGGCCGAAAUGGAGCUGCUCUACUACCAAGUGUUGCACUCUAUACGACACGAUCGCCUGCCUAUAGAGACCGACGAAGCGGUGAUGGUAGCGGCUCUCCACGCGCAAGUAGUCGGCGGCGAGUGCGCGGGCGGCGGCGAGGAGUGCGCGGCGGCGGCGGCGGCCGUGCUGCCGGCGAGGCUCGCGCUGCCCGCGCCGGCCGUCCGCCUGCACCACCUGGCGCUGCGCGGCACCCCGCCGCACGCCGCCAUGCAGCGCGCGCUCACGCUCGCCAGCUCCUGGCCGCUCACCAGGGCCACCAUCUUUGACGUUAUGCAAUCGUUCACAUCGAACUGGCCCCGCGCGCUGUGGCUGGCGGUGGACGCGCGCGGGCUGACGCUGCUGCGGCGCGGCUCGCGCGCGGCGCUGGUGUCGCACGACCACGACCAGCUGCUGGCCGUGUCGCCCGCGCCGCGCGCGCUGCUGCUCGUCACGCGCGCCGAGCGCAAGCACGCCAAGCUCGUGCUCUCCACCGACCAGGCGUACCAGAUAGCGACGCUAAUAAAGGACUACAUCGAGGCCGUGCGCGGGCCCGUGUCGCCGGCCGUGGCGCCGCCCGCCGACCCGUGCGGCGCCGCGGCCGCGCGCGCGCCCGCCGCCUCGUGACACCCGGCCACAUAGUGCCAGUGCUUCCACGUCCGACAGUGAACGAUCAGUUGCCAGUACGGCACUCACUGACCGAAACUAAACCUUACAUCGUUGCGAUAAGGUUUACUGACGAUCAGUUAUUGCCGACGGUUGAGAAGCGGCGACUUCGCUGACCGAUUGUGGACCUUAUCCUGCUGCGAUAAAGUUUUCGAACGGUCAGCUAGUGUCGACGUCGGUAGGGGCGGGUUGCGGUUUGGCUGACCGUUGAUACAGUAUUAUCGCUCAUAUAACUAUACAAUGAUGUUCCUUCGUCUUGUUGAUGAACCUUCGGCUAACAAUUUAAUUGAACGAGGGUCUAGAUUGAGACCUAAAAUGGCACACACUCCUAACAAUUAUAGCCCAUUUUAAUAAAAUAAAAAACAUUGGCGUGUCACACACGCCGCGUGUGUGAUGGAUUUCAUGUGUAUUUUAAUAGGGUCCUCGAGAGACUAAUAAGACCGAGGAAUAUCCUCGAUGUAAUUUAUAUCUGUGGUUCUACUAUGCACGAUCAUUUAAAAGACAUUGAAGCUAAUCUUGUUUUCGAAAAUUAAAUUAUGAGCUUCCGAUUUGCUUCAUAAUCAUAAUGUCUUCCGUUAGUUACCGUGUUAUUCGAAUAUCUAUUUUAGAUUCGGCAGCCAAACCUUACAAACCCCAACUUAGCACUAGAUUUUAUGUAAAGUAGCUAAGUUGGUAACUACUCCUCGUUUAAUAGUCAUUAGUUAGUACGAAAGAUUAGACCAAACUAGGAGUAGUUUCGCUCGUCAGUUCCAGAAAUGUUAAGCCAAGACGGUGAAGUAAAUGUCGAACUCACACCUAAUCGAUAAAGAAAAUUAAACCUUAUUGCUGUAAUAGAGGGUUUAAAUUACGACAAGUAUGAUGCUGAAAAAAGUUUCAUAGGUUGGCAUAAUGCAAAGGUUUAUUUUAAUAUUUAUCUAAAAGCAUAUCAACGAGACAGUGUAAAAUCCGCAUUUACUUCAGAUUACAGCAGGCAGGUACAGUGGUGUUUGGUUUAGAGUGUCAGGAUGGACGAUUUCAGUUACCAGAAGACGAGGAAGCAAUCAAAAUUAAUCAUAGUAUACAGUAAUCUAAAACAGUACAUAACUGUAAAUUUACCCUCAUUUACAUUUAAGAUGACAUAUUAACUAACGUAGGAGUCUGACAAAGAGUGUGGGUAAAUUAACAGUUAUCUUAAAUAGCUCAGGAAAUUCAAUCCGCUAAAUAAAAUAGAAGUAAUAUUCCACUUUUAUCCAUUACCUAACAUAAAACUGCCAGUGUUAGUGCUGUUAAAAUUAAAGGUGUUACUAAUUUAAUGAUGCAGUUUAGACUUAUUGAGUGUUAAAAAUUAUAUUCAAAAGUUAAUAGAUAGCGUAAAGUUAAUCUAAUCUAUCCCUUAUCCUGUGGUUAACUGUAAGCAGCUCGUAUCGACAUUUUACCCUUUAGCUAAGAAACUUAUAUUGUGCAUUUUGUGACCUAGUAAAAUAUACAUUUAAAUGAAUUAAAUUACUCAUUGAUAUAGUUGCUCACGUAACGAUAACGGCGCUACGAUUUUACUCAAUUUUCUAAUCGUUUUGCGCCUCUCAAUAGUAUAUAAGAUUAGAUGUUAUGUGGCCACGAAAUGUACUCCAUAAGUAAAUGUAUUCACCGACAUUGGUUAGCGAAAUAACAAGCAAAUAGGUGUUAUUAACUUAAAAUUCCAAAUGGAAUGAAAUGUAUAGCUAUAUAACCAUUAGCUUAAUUUCUAGCUAAUCAAUGGUGUUUUAAAUAAACGUAACAUCGUCUAAGAGAAGAUAAGUAAAUGUUGAUGCUAGCUAGUGUAACCUUCCUAAUGUAAUCCAGCCCACAGAAUCCUCAUAUAUGAAGUAUCUAAAGGUAUUUUUAAAAUAUAAAAUAAGGUAGUUUCUCACCUUCUCAUAUCAUCACUCGUAAUAUGAUUGCAUACUUCUUUAGAUCGACCUAGAUAGUUAUAGUAGAUACUAGGUAUCCAAUCUAACUUGCCACAACAAAUGCAAUUUUGGUUUGACAAAAUGAAGAUUAAAAUUACAAUGGAAUGAGAAACCUUUUUAUAGGCCUCUGGACGGCUAGAGAAUCACAUUAAUUUCUGAAUUUAUACGAACGCCUAACAUUCUUCUGCACUUGAUAAUGAUAACUGAAAUCUUUUCUAUUUCUGCAUUUAAAAAUCUAUGUGAAUAUAUCUUAUGUAUUUGUGCGUCGGUAUGAUCAAAUCCCGCCCACAAUUGAUUCAGCCCAUUGUGUCCACAAUGCCCAUGUUUGAAAUUCAAUACGAAUUUCCGCCACAUAGUAGUGGCUCCAAUAUCACGCUUUUCAUAUGGAUCUAAUGUUUUAUUGUAUAAUUUGCGGCCCAACUAUUGAUAGCGUUAAAAUUUCUUGACUUUGAUUUACAAUGUAAAAAUUGGGUAUAAUAUAUAUUUGCAUAAAUGUCUUGAUGUCUUGUGUUGUGCCUUGAACUAGCAAGAGUAAUGAUGCUAAUAUCAACCUAGAUUCUGACAUCUGAGGUUUGUCAGUAGCCAUUAUUCUUAGCCUCUUAUAUUCAGUGAGCGACUUGUGCAAAUUUAUUGUGACUGCGAGAUAAUUACUUAUUGUUUACAAAUUAUAUAGCAUCAUCUAUUAUAUACUAUACUAAUAUGCACAAUGUUAUAAAUCAAUAUUUUAUGGUUAUACAUAAUAUAGAUCUAAUUAUGCAUUUCAUGCUAAUGUCCUUAAGGUAACAUAAACUAGGCCCUAUACUCCCCUUAGUUGAGUCCUACAAUGUGACUCAAUGCUUGCACCUAUGUCGACUGUUUGUCAGUUUUGUGCUGGUUUGCUUACUUGUGUUUCUGAUCUCAUAAUGAGUAUUAUUUAUUUAGAGGCCAUAUUGCGUUGUAAUUAAUAGUUUUUUUAUUUUAUUUAUUUAUUGAGAUUAAUGUACAUAUUUACGAGAAACAAGUAAACCAAAGAUUUUGAAUCAUCCCUUUGGAUAUUUUUAUUUUUGACAAAUUUAAUUACAUUUUAUAAUUUAAUAUUAACAUUUUGUAUAUAAAGGUAUCAUUAGAACGAUAAUCUUUAUGUUAUGAGUUAUGACGUAAAGUUCUCUUUACAUAAUAGGAGAUAUUUAAAGCACUAGGGCUAAUGCAACAUUUGGCAUUCAACAAAAUAUAGUUAACUUCAGCUUGUAAUAUUCAUUAGAAUCGUUUCUGCAUGCAUCAGUUUCAUGCUUUGCAUUUAUUUGAUAUAUUAAGGUACUACAUUGUAAUGUUGAGUGCUGUUAGUGAUGACAAUAUUUCGUAACAGACUUGUUUUUUUAUAGGUUUAAGAUUCUAAGUAUAGAACUAUCGUGACCCAUAGGUUUUGCGUGACUACCGCACUGUACUGCCCAAAUAGACUGAAGUGUCCAAAUAUUUCCUUUUUUGAUAUUUGAUAAAUUGUUUUGUUACAUUAUGUAUGGUAUUUUACCCCAUGAUUUGAAUGCCAAAUAAAGAAUAAUUGAUA